ACUGCGAUUCCCGGCAUGCCCUGCCACGAGUGCGCCUGCGUACGGGAGCUACCGCGCCGGAGAGCGGGUAGGUUUAAAACGCUGUCUUAGUUCCGUAGAAACCAGCCCACCUGCUGCCGGACAGAGUCACAGGCGGACAGACGGACUGUGGGGGUGAGGCUGCGGGACCCUGGGAGGUGCAUAUGGAAACUACAAUGUCCAGACCAGUCCUCUGUCCAGCCCGCAUCAAUGCUACAGCUUCUGAAACAUUCAUGGUACUUCAGCAAAGGAUGAGAAUAGUUGAGGAACAGACCAGUUCUCUGAGGAAUGACCUAAUAAUGUUGGACUUCGGUGAAAAAAGAAGAAUGCAGCCAUUAUUGAAGAGGAACUGAAGACCACAAAAUGUAAAAUGAACCUUAAAAUUCAGGAGCUAAGGAGACAACUGUCUCAAGAGAAGCACCUAAGGGAAUCUGUUGAGAAACCUGGAUCAGCCAUGCUACUCAAAAUACAAGAAAUGGGAUCAACAGUGGAGGUGGAACGGAAACAGAAUAUACAGAUGUCUUUCAACAAGGAACAUGAAGAAAAUGCAUAUUUGAGGUCUGAAAUAAUAUCCCUUCAUGAAGCAUCAGAAAAAGCACAGGUUUUGAAUGACCAACUGACUAGAAAGUGUUCAGAGCUGAACAGAAUGCUUCAGACUGUUAGAAUGGAAAAUACCAGAAUCAUUGCUGACCACCAAGCCAUUCUGCAGGAAGAACAGAAAAUGAUGACACAGACAUUUCAAGAACAAAACUUACUGCUGGAUGCAGCCCAUGCCAGUAUCACAAAUGAGCUACAGACUGUUCAGAAUGAGAAAACACAACUCCAAAUGCAUCUGGACCAUUUAAUCCUUGAGCAUAACCAGUGUAUCCAGAAAGCACAGGAUGCUGAGAAGAGGGCAGCUGUACAAAAAGAGCUGCUAGAAUCAACUAUUGCAAGAUUGCGAAGUGAACUGGAAGCAUCAAUACAAGAGAAGACCUCUCUGCUAGAGGAGAAAGAAGGACUUCAGAGAGAGGUUAAUAAAACCGAGAAAGAAAUAGCAGAAGAAAAAUGCAACUUGGAAAAGGAAUUAGCUAAAAGCAAGCACCUCUUGAUUAAGGUCUCCCAGUGAUAUCCCAUACCUCAAUUCCAGCUUAUAUGUCUAUGCAUAGAACCUUCUCUGACCAAGCCUGCCUGGAAGUGCUUCACUUGGCUGUAUGAGUCUUGAGAGAUAAAAGUUAAGCAGCUAGAAGAACAACUACAUUCUUUUACUGAAACCAGUUCACAGAACGACCAUCUACGCAAGUUCAGUAAGGCACUAGAGGG